CACAGCGGAGGGGCAGCGGUCGCGCGUGGCCAGCCCUAUUAUCUGGUGUUUGGGACCCAACUUUCUGGGCUGGGAGUGCAUGAUUAACUAGUGCUCCGCUCUUUUUUCUAACCCUCGAUCUUCUCGCACUCCCCCUUCCCUUCCCUUCCCUUUCCUUCGAUCUUUCACGUCUCCACCAGGAGGGCGACGCUGUUCAACUCAGGUUAGCCCAGACUCAGAUCCAGAACCUUCCUGGAGGUGGCAUCGUGCCACCGUCUCCCCAAAUUCAGAAUGAACAAAUCGGAACCGGGGAGUGCAAGUCACGGGGACCGUCAGAACUGGAGAGUCAUGCCGUCUAGGUCUUAGGGAACUUUGAGAGCUGGGGCUAGGGUUUGGAGUUCUCAGGGACCGGGUGAGGCCAGCCCCUACCCGCGACAGCCACUGUGUCCCAGGCUAGUUCCUAAUGGCCUGCAGUGUUCCAGGCCUGUCCCUACCCUCCCCGAGCUUGGUCUACACUGGUUUAAAAAAAGAAAAAAACGUACAUGGCGAGCUCAGACUGCUUUGGAGUCUUAAGAGAAGAAAUCGGGCGCUAAGGCGCUCAGAAGGAUUCCGAGGGUGAGCAGCCCCGCCGAGGACGCGGCAGGGAGGGGUCUAGAGGAGACAAGGUGCAGGUCGUUGGCUCUGAGUGUCGCGGGAACCGAGAGGCUAGAAGGACAGGACCUGCCCGACGAGUACAUCCAGGGCUGGCCUCCAUCCACCGCGUGACGGGUGCCAUCCUCGGGUCCGCCAUCCCCGCGCCGUCGCCGCCGAGCUCGACCUCCAAAAACAGCGGAAAGAAUCACAUGAGCUCGCUCCUCGUCCCUCUCUACCCUCAACGACGUAAAGAGGACACCGUGGCCCUCAGCCUCGCGGCGCCCGGGAAGCUGGGAGAGAGACCUCCGUCCCGCGGCCUGCAGAGCGGACCCUUCGCGGAGACCCGAGAGCCUCUGGAUCCCAGGAUUCCCUCACCUGUUCCUGCCACCGCUCUGCUCUUGGACUGUGCACGUGUCCCGUGCGUGCGGGGUCUCUGCCUAGAAGAGGGCUAUGCAGCUGGAGAUCAAAGUGGCCCUCAACUUCAUCAUCUCCUACUUAUACAACAAGCUGCCCCGCCGCAGGGCAGACCUGUUUGGGGAGGAGCUAGAGCGGCUUCUGAGAAAGAAAUAUGAGGGCCACUGGUACCCGGAGAAGCCGUUGAAGGGCUCUGGCUUCCGCUGUGUCCACAUUGGGGAAGUGGUAGACCCUGUGGUGGAGCUGGCUGCCAAGCGGAGCGGCCUCGCCGUGGAGGAUGUGCGCGCCAAUGUGCCCGAAGAGCUGAGUGUCUGGAUCGACCCUUUCGAAGUAUCCUACCAGAUCGGUGAGAAGGGAGUUGUGAAGGUCCUGUACCUGGGUGACAGUGAGGCGGGCGGUGCCCCAGAGCUGGACAAGGAGAUGAAGAGCAGCUUCAAUCCUGAUGCCCAGGUGUUUGUGCCCAUUGGCAGCCAGGACAGCUCUCUGUCCAGCUCUCCCUCGCCAUCCUUUGGCCAGUCACCCAGCCCCACCUUCAUCCCCCGGUCUGCCCAGCCCAUCACCUUCACUACUGCCUCUUUUGCUGCCACCAAAUUUGGUUCCACCAAGAUGAAGAAGGGUGGUGGAGCAUCUAGCGGUGUGAGUGUGGGUGGCAGCGGGGCGGGUGGCCAGCAGCCACUGCCACAGCAGCCUCGCAUGGCCCGCUCACCCACAAAGAACCUGCUGAAGCACAAGAACCUCGCUCUGUCUAUGCAUUCACUGAACUUCAUCCCAGCCGGUCCGGGCCCCCAGUCCCAGCUCUCCCCCAAUGCCAAGGAGUUUGUGUACAACGGUGGUGGCUCACCCAGCCUCUUCUUCGAUGGGGUGGACGGCCCAAGCACCAGCCCUGCGGCCCCCUUCGGGAGCGGUGGAGCCAGCACUUGCAACAGCAGCAGCUUUGAUGUGUCCCAGGUGUUCGGAGGCGGUGCUAACAGCCUGUUCUUGGAGAAAACGCCCUUUGUGGAAGGCCUCAGCUACAACCUGAAUACCAUGCAGUAUCCCAACCAGCCCUUCCAGCCUGUCGUGCUGGCCAACUGAUCGUCUUCCCGUCUGCCAGGCCAGGAGCACGCAUGAUCACAGGAAAGCGAAAGGAAAGGCCAAA